ACUAGCAUUUGUAUUAUUUACUUUCUGUCAGAAAGCGCUUUCUUUGUUGUUCAGGCUCAACCCUGAGUUCACGUUUUGGCCACUGCAGUCCAUUUUGGAAGCAACCACCGAGCCCGCGAUGCCUGGUUAUAGAUGCGGCUAACGUUUGCUACGGUUUAUGAUUAGAAAUGACAGUGCUAACGUUAAAGGAUUUGUAAUUCACUCAGGUAUAGAUGUUACGGAGCUUCCCCCUCCACAGAGGUCAGAGAGCCCGCGGGGAUUUUGACAUGUGACCCUCAGAGACAGCUCACUAACUGUCUUUGUUUUCUUCACCUAUCUGUUGUUGUAGUGUGAAUGCAGCUCCAGUAUGAGGCAUGGAGGCUCACAAUAUAACCACGGUGAUCCUGCUGGCCUGCGGUUCCUUCAACCCCAUCACCAACAUGCACCUGAGGAUGUUUGAGCUGGCUCGAGAUCAUCUGGAAGACACAGGUCAGUACAGGGUGGUGAAAGGCAUCAUCUCUCCAGUGGGCGAUGGCUAUAAGAAGAAGGGUUUGAUUGAGGCCUGCCACCGUCUGGAGAUGGCCAGAUUGGCCACAGAGAACUCAGACUGGAUCACAGUAGAUUCCUGGGAGAGCUUGCAGCCUGAGUGGGUGGAGACAGCUAAAGUUGUUCGGCAUCACUAUGAGGAACUGUUUACAGCAGAGCAGAAUAGAGAUGAUGUGGACACGGUCAAGUACACCAAAAAGAGACGCAUAGAAGAGGAUUAUUUUCAAGGUUCAUCUCAUCAGAAAAGGAGAGACGGCCCUCGGCUGAUGUUGCUGUGUGGAGCUGAUGUCCUGGACUCCUUUGGGAUCCCCAAUCUGUGGAAGCAGGAGGAUAUUGUGGAGAUUGUGGGCCGCUACGGUUUAGUUUGCAUCACCCGGAGUGGCAACGACCCCCACAAGUUCAUCCACCAAUCAGACGUGCUAUGGAAGUAUCGCAAAAACAUCCACGUGGUCCACGAAUGGGUGACCAACGAGGUCUCGGCCACUCAUGUGCGCCGGGCUCUUCGCAGAGGUCACAGCGUCAGGUACCUGCUGCCAGACGCCGUGGUUCAAUACAUUAAAGAGUACAACCUCUACAGUGCCGAGAGUGAGCAGAAAAAUGCUGAUGUGGUCCUAGCACCCCUUCAGAGAUACAUGGGUGCUUCCUCGACUUCCCCUCUGCACCCUGGCACUGAGCAUUGUCAGCAGCACUCAGGCUGUUUUCAGAACUCCUCAUCAGCCCAGCAGUUUGAGGAUCCCAUUUUAUUCACGCAUAUACACACACAUCUCAGAAGGAGGGAAAAAAAAGUAGUAGUAGCUAUCAAAAUGCCUACCAGCUUCUGUGGUACGUGGGACAUGAUCAGCAAUGUCAACUUUGAGGGCUACAUGAUUGCACUGGGUGUUAGCGCUUACUUACGAAAGAUUGCUCUGAAGCUGAAGCUGAGGAAGGUGAUUGAGCAGCAGGGGGAUCAGUACAUCAUCAAAACAGCCAGCGCCUUCCGAAACUACACCAUCUCCUUCAGAGUGGGCCAGGAGUUUGAGGAGUUUACCCAGGGUUUAGACAACAGACAUGUCAAGUCGCUGGUGAAAUGGGAGGGGAAUAAACUUGUGUGCGAACAGAUUGGAGAAAAGAAGAACAGGGGAUGGGCUCACUGGAUUGAAGAUGACAAGCUACAUCUGGAGUUGUACUGUGAAGGAGAAGUCUGCAAGCAGGUCUUUAAGAAGAAGGUGACUGAGUGAAGAAGAAUGGAAAUCGUAUUUCAGGAGAAGUUACUCUGUGCUGAAUGCCAUUGUGUUAGAUCCACCACUCUAAAACCUGAACAACAAAACCACAGUAAAAGUUCAGUUUGUGGUAUUUUUCUCUGUAAUGUAACUAAAAUGCUCAGCUCAGGAGAAAAUAGCUGUCUUUGCAGGGUAUGGAUUUACACCAGUAGAUGGCAUCACUACAUUACUUUUGUCAAACGAUGGUCUGCACUGGUCUGUAGCUUGCUGGUGCUGGCCUCAGAUAAAAAUAUAUAUAUUUAUGUACAGAGCAUCAAGCAUGUUUAAGGCUCCAUUCAGCUGGCUGAAAAAAAAAUCUAUUCAAGCUCUGUUUCUCUCAGGUCUCUUUUGUCCAAUCAGAUAAAACUGAGACACAUUUUCUUUGCACUGGCUUGUGCUAUCAGUCUGACAGUUGAGUUAUUUGUAAAUUUAAAAACUCACAUUCAUGCAGAUGCAUCUAUACCCACUGUACAACAAAACGUGAGGUGCAGGAUGUUUGGAAUACUGUUUUGUUUUAUGUGAAUUUUGUAUAAUAAAAUGGGUUUGCAAGAAAU